GCAUGUUGGGAUGUGCGCUACUUAAGGUCUUGCUGCAUGAGCCAUUGACGUGUUUGGAGCUGGAUACGGCCCGGGCGCGGGCGGAGUGGUGGCCGAGGUGAGUGGUCCUUGGCCCCUCCCUCCCUCGGCGGAGGCAUGGGGGGAGCGGGAGGAGUGGACGCACCUGGCGACCGCGGGGACCCUCGUGUGCGGCGCCGAGCUGCCGGCGCGGGGCCUGGCCGCAGCUUCAGGCCCUUCCUGUCGCUCCUCUUCCUUUAGUUCCUAGCUGCCCGGGAAGGGAAAGGUGACCCCGGCGCGGGCUUGGUACAUUUCUCCAGCCCGAGGGGCGCCGCCGCCUGUCCUGCCCUCCCACCUCCCCUCCCCUCUCCUCGGGCUUCUGAGUUCUGCUGGCCCCUGGUCCUUUAGUCGCAGGGCGAAGCUAGGUGUGUUCACCUGUGCCCGCCACCCACCAUUGACAUCCCGGAAGGAGACGCUGCCUCGGCUUCGCAUCCUUCCCGGUUCCCUCUGCCCUCCCUCAAAUCUUUGGUUGUCUUUCUGGAUAUCCUCUUGCAAGUAGUAGAGCCGUGUAACAGUUGUUCACUCUGGCAGCUUCAAAAGUAAGAAGACAGGAUGCCCUUGUCAACAAGACGACUGAGAGAUCCCGACAUAAAUCCUUGCUUGUCGGAAUCCGAUGCUUCUUCCAGAUGUAUGGAUGAAAAUAAUUACAACCGGGAACGGUGUUCCAGUCAUUUCUUAAAGUACAAAAACUGCAGGAGAUUCUGGAAUUCUAUCAUGAUCCAAAGAAGACAGAAUGGAGUUCAGCCAUCUAUGCCUACAGCAGCAGAAAGAGAUGAAAUUUUGGGAGCAAUGGGAAAGAUGCCCUAUUGAGUGUUUGCAUUAAAAUUGUUUCUGUAACUUGAAA